AUGGAAGAACAAUUACAAAUAAUCGAGCAGUUAAAGAAGACCCUACAGUUACUCACCCUCGAACAAAGUAAACUAAAAGUUGACACUAAUUCAUCACAAUCGAUCAAUUCAAACAUGUAUGAAGAAGAAAUCGUAACUAAGGAUUUCCUCUAUCAAGAUUGUGCCGAAUUAUUUAUCGAUUUCACUUACAAACACCCAACUACUUAUCAUGUUGUCAAAUUUGCUAGUGAAAUGUUAAAGAAGAAUGGUUUCCAUUAUUUACCAGAAAAUGAAAAUUGGAAUGAUAGAAUCUCUAAAGGUGGUAAGUUCUAUACUACUAGAAAUGGUACCAGUUUUGCAGCUUUCGUCAUUGGUAAGAAUUGGAAGCCAGAAAACGGUACAGGUGUCAUUGCCUCUCAUAUCGACUCUUUAACAGUGAAACUAAAACCUUCUUCCAUUAAGGACCACGUCGAAGGUUUCGAAUUGUUAGGUGUUGCUCCAUAUGGUGGCACUUUAAACAGUGCUUGGUUCGAUAGAGAUUUGGGUAUUGCCGGUAAAAUUAUCUACAAGAAGGACGAUGGUAAAAUCGAAAGCACUCUAAUCGACUCCACUCCAUACCCAAUAGCCAAAAUUCCGUCUUUAGCUCCUCACUUUGGUGCACCAGCUGAAGGUCCAUUCGAUAAGGAAGAUCAAGCUGUUCCAAUUAUCGGUUACGUCACCACAGAAGGUUCUUCCGAACCAACAGAAGAUGAAAAGAAAUGUCCUUUGGUUGGCAAGCAUUCUAUCCAUCUAUUGAGAUAUAUUGCUAAGAUGGCUAAUAUCAAGGUUUCCCAAAUUAUUCAAACUGAUUUAGAUUUAUUCGAUGUACAAAAGGGAACUUUAGGCGGUUUAAACCAAGAUUUCAUCUUUGCUCCUCGUCUCGAUGACAGACUAUGCUCCUUUGCUGCCACUUGGGGUUUCGACAUGUUUGCUCAAAAGAUCAAUACUGAUAAUUUUGAUGGUUUCUCUGUCUUGGCUCUAUUCGAUAACGAAGAAGUCGGUUCUCUAAGUAGACAAGGCGCUAAGGGUGGUCUUCUCGAAUCAGUUGUUCAACACGCCUCUUAUGCCGUCUGCAACACUGAAAUAGUUGACUUAUAUACCGUUUUUGCCAACUCAGUUAUUCUUUCUGCUGACGUCAACCACAUGUUCAACCCAAACUUCUCAAACGUCUAUUUGAAGAACCACUCUCCAAAGCCAAACGUCGGUGUUACAAUCUCUUUGGAUCCAAACGCCCACAUGUCUACUGAUGUUGUCGCUUUAGCAUUUGUUGAAGAAUUAGCCCGUAAUAAUGGUGACGAUUUACAAUACUUCCACAUUAAGAACAACUCAAGAUCCGGUGGUACCAUUGGUCCUUCCAUCCAAAGUCAAACUGGUGCUUUAACCGUCGAUUUAGGUAUUGCUCAAUUGUCAAUGCACAGCAUUAGAGCAGCUACUGGUUCAAGAGACGUCGGUCUUGGUAUCAAAUUCUUCCUCGGUUUCUACCAGAAGUGGAAGGAAGUCUUCGAAAAGUUUAACAAUGUGUAA